GCUGGGUAAGAAGGGACAAAGGACACAUCAGGCUUGCCCUGCCCCUCCCUGAGCCCCCGUCCUGGAGGCCCAGGUUUGAGGGGGCCGCACGGUCCAGGCUGCUGGUGCCCAACGGCCCAGAUUCUGGGAGGUGUCAGGAGGUUUGAGCUGUGGUCCUUAGAGACAGAGCGUGCCCCUGAUAGGCUCAGCCUGCAGGGCCAAGGGGUGGAGGGGACAGCUCUGGAAGCAUCGAGGUGGGGCCUGCAGGGAGCCAGGUGUCCUUGCAGGGUCAGGGAGGGCCUCAGUGUGGCCGGACACCCCCUCAGAAUCCUGACCAGCAAAGAGCAGCAUGCAAUGAGUAACAGUGGGCACCGGGAACAGAUAAGGAGAUGUGAAGGCUACUUUUUGGCUCUGCGUGGGGCUGACGUUCUUCUCGGGGGGAACCUGCUGGUGGGACCGGGCAGCACUCUUCACUGCGCCCAGGAGUGGCACGGCCGUGGGGGCUGCCUGCGUCACCUGCGCAGUCGCCUGCGCUCUGGUUUUGCGCAGCGCAUCCUUUCCUGCGUUAGUGUGGUCGCGAACCUUUCUCAGUCUGGAUGUGCAGUCCUGUUUUUCUUGCAAACAACGUUUUCUGUUUUUCUCUUUGAAAUUUGUAUCAGCUUUAUUGGACGCGCGUCCCCUUCCGUACAGUUCACGCACGGAGAGCUGGUGUACUCACAGGUCCUGAAGCCCUCCCCAGUCAGGCUCAGGAAGGAGCCCUCCCCGCGCCCCAGUGCCUCCGCGACCCGGCCCCCCCGCGGGCUGCCAGCCCCACACCAGGGCUCUCCCAGCCUGCCCUGGCCGCCUGCCCGCCCCCCACCCCCGGAUUGGCCUGUGCUGGGCGCUUCGCAGAAACGGGAGCGGAGCGCAGUUUGCGGUUCUCCGCAUGUGGCCUCUCGCUCUCGACGUCUCACUCAGGUCUCAGCUUCGUGCCGCCGCCGUUAGCAGCGCGGGGUGCGCGGGUGGUGGGGACGCACCCCGCGGUCUGGACAGACCGGGCCGUCUAUCCACGCUGUCGCUGUUACGAGGGAGGCUGGUGUGAGCGGUCACCGAGAGGCUUCCGUGUGAACUUGGGUUCGUCCGGCGCAGGUAUGGGAUUGCUGGGGGUCUCAGUUUUCUACGCCAAACACUUUAACACACUGUCUCUCUCUUUUUAACACUUAAAUCUGUGAUUCAGUUGCAAUGCCUUUCGAGUGAGUGGGAGUGAAGGCCCAGAGCCGCUUUGGUUUUCUUCUUGGGGUGGU